AUGAAUGUUUUAUGUAAGCAUUGUAAAACAAAACAUUUUGAAUCGGAAAAAGUUGAUAAAAAAGGCUUAUCUUUCAAUGAUUGUUGUUCCCAUGGAGCAGUAGUUCUAGAUGCUGCCCCUGACUUUCCUCAAGAAUUAUCAUCUUUGUUUGAUGGAACUCAUGCAAAUUCAAAUGAUUUUUUUGAUAACAUUCGUUAUUAUAAUAAUUCGCUUUCGUUUGCUUCUUUUAAUGCCAAUUUAGUUAACUUUCAACAGCGCCGUCCAGGGCCAUAUUGUUUCAAAAUUCAUGGGCAGAUAUAUUAUCAAAUCAAUACAGCACUAUAUCCCUGCCUGAAUGAAAGUCCUGCUUAUGGACAGCUCUUUUUUGUUGAUCAAGAAGAGGCUCUUCAUGUACGAUUAUCACAAAACCCGCAUCUUAGACAAGAAACACUUACGACGUUAGACAGUAUAAUAAGAGAGAACAAUAUAUUUGCACAGUCAUACGCAAUGAUGAAACAAGAAAUAAAUGAGCAGAGAUCUCGAAUGAAUGUCGAAGAGGAACUUGAAUUGCAAUUAUUAUUUACCUUGAAACCAGGAAAUGAUAGACGACGAUUUAAUUUUCAAAGAACAAACGAGGUUGCUGCUAUUUUUUCAACGACAGCUGAUGGUGAAAUUCCAGAGUCGUAUGUCACUAUUAGAAACAAAAAUACAAAGGUAUUGCAAUAUGUUAGUACUAUGGAUCCUAACGUGGAGCCAUGGAUAUAUCCUUUGUUUUAUCCUUAUGGUUCACGAGGAUGGCAUAGAAAUUUAGAACGUAUCAAGGUAAAUGAUAAUGAUUCAAGUAGACGAGUAACGCGAAUGGCCUAUACUAAAUAUAAAAUGGCUAUAAGGCAGGAUGAAUUUAAUUCCAUUUUACUAGGUCGUCGAUUGUUUCAACAAUGGGUUGUAGAUUCAUAUGUUAAAAUCGAAAAAGAUAGAAUUCAAUGGUGUAAAGAUCAUCAAAGAGAGUUAAAAGCAGAUACAUACCAAGGAUUACAUGAUUAUUUGCAAAAUUCUGCAAAUGACAUUAAUGGUGAAGUAGGGAAAACAGUUAUUUUACCAUCGACUUUUUUGGGUUCACCACGUCACAUGCAACAAAGUUAUCAAGAUGCCAUGUCUUUAGUUGGUAAAACUGGGAAACCGGAUAUUUUUCUUACGAUGACUUGCAACCCAAGGUGGAAAGAGAUUCAAGAAAACCUUUUACCAGGCCAACAGGCAUGUGAUCGACCAGAUAUUGUUGCUCGUGUAUUUCAUUUGAAAAAAAAUCGAUUACUCGACGUUGUUAUAAAAAAAAAUGUUUUUGGAGAAGUAGAAUCGUACGUAUAUGUUAUAGAAUUUCAAAAACGUGGGCUACCUCAUAUGCAUUUAUUAAUUACCUUAAAACAUGCUCAUAAAAUAACCACACCUGAUUUGGUUAACAAAUUUAUAUCCGCUGAAUUACCUGAUAAAGAUAUUGAUCCUGAUUUAUUGAAUAUCGUUGUAAAAAAUAUGACGCAUGGACCUUGCGGUGAUUGGUGUAUGGUAAAUAACAAAUGUUCAAAAAAAUUCCCAAAAGAAUUUCAAAAUGAAACAAUUAUGGAUGAAACUGGAUAUCCUCAUUAUCAAAGAAGAGAUGAUGGUGUUUCACAUGAACAACCUAAUGGCCAUAUUAUUGAUAAUCGAUGGGUUGUACCACAUUGCCGUAACUUAUUAAAAAUGUUUGAUUGUCAUAUGAAUGUGGAAAUUGUUUCAAGUGUUCGAGCUGUAAAAUAUUUAUAUAAAUACAUUUAUAAAGGACAUGACGCAGCUACUGUCGUUAUUGGGACCGAAAAUACAUCUAAAGAUGUUAUCAACCAUGAUGAAGUUUCUAAUUUCAUAGAAACUCGGUAUGUUGGACCUGUUGAAGCAUGCUAUCGAAUUUUGAGUAAAAGUCUACAAGACAAAAGUCAUACUAUAGAGCGAUUAACAGUUCAUUUACAAAAUCAACAGUGCGUUAUCAUUUCUACUGAUGCAAACAAUUCUGUAAACAAUCUCAAUGAAGUAAGUAGUAAACUGCUUGAUUAUUUCAAGUUGAAUAUUGAAAAUGAAAAUGCACGGCAAUAUCUGUACAGUGAUAUUCCAAGGUUUUUUACGUAUAAAAAAGAAAAAACAAAUGGCAUCAAAGUAACCAAAUGGGUAGCACGUAAAUCGCAUUUCAACUGUUUUGGAAGGAUGUUUUCGAUCAGUCCUACACGAAUCGAGUUAUUCCACUUGCGAUUACUACUAUUGCAUGUACGAGGAGCUACAAGCUUCGAUUCAUUAAAAACAGUUAACGGCAUAUUACAACCUUCAUUCAUAGCAGCAUGUCUUGAAUUGGGAUUAAUAGAAGAUGACCAAGAGUGGGCUAAAGCUCUACAAGAAGCAACAUUAUGGAUGAUGCCACGAAGACUUAGACAAUUAUUUGUUCGCAUUUUAAUACAUUGUCAACCAAUUCAUCCAGAAAAAUUAUGGGAUGAUUUUAAAGAUGCAUUAUCCGAAGAUUUUUCAAGGACAAACAAUACUGAUAUAAGUCAUCAAAUGGCAUACGCUGACAUAAGUAAUAUGUUAAAUCAUGAAGGUAAAAGUUUGUCUGAUUUUCCUGCUAUGAAUCAAACAGUAAUUACUCAUUUAUUAGUUGAAAGUAGCGAUCAGUUAUCACAAACACAUUUGGCAGAUAUCGGAGAACAACAAUAUAAUUUAUUGAAUGAACAACAAAAAGAAAUUGUUGAUGUUAUUUUGGAUUUAGCAACUGCUACUAAUGAUAAGGUGAAUAAUAAUAAUUGUUUAUAUAUUGAUGGCCCAGGAGGCUCGGGGAAAACUUUUAUCUAUACAACUAUUUAUAAUUUAUUAUGUUCAAAAAAUAUUAAAGUUACUUCAAUGGCUUUUACAGGGAUUGCUGCAAUUUUGCUUCCAAAAGGAAAAACAGUGCAUAAAACAUUUGGCCUUCCAGUUCCUAUGUAUAGCGAUUCAUCUUCAAGCAUUACGGCGCAAUCUAAAGAAGGUCUUUUGUUAAAAGAAACAAGAGUUUUCAUUUGGGAUGAAGCUCCAAUGGCUCCAAGAUAUGCACUGGAAAUAGUUAACAGAACGCUUAAAGAUGUUAUGAACAAUGAUUUACCUUUCGGUGGUAAAGUUAUCGUUUUAGGUGGUGAUUUUCGACAGCUUUUACCAAUUAGACUUCAUGGAACAAGAAGUGAAACAUUGAAUCUUUCAAUAAAAUACAGUGAAUUAUGGAGGCACUUCAUCAAAUAUAAUCUUACAACGAAUAUGAGAGUUUUACCUCACGAAGUUGAUUUUGCAAAAUUUUUAAUAUUAGUUGGCGAUGGAACAUUAAAUGACCAACACGAUAAUUUGACGUUGCCUGAUCAUUGCAUUCUCGAUAUCAAUAAUGAUGUUGUUCAGACUGUAUUUGGUAAACUAAUCUUAGAAAAGAAAUUUGAUAACAUGAGUAAAUGUGCUAUUCUAGCUGCAAGAAAUGCUGAUGUCGAUGAGAUAAAUAAAUUAACUACUAAUUUGCUAGAUAUCAGCACGGAACACAUUUACACAGCAAUCGACAGUACUGAUGGAUGUGAUAAUGGGGAAUUUGAUGAAGUACUUUUACCUGAAUAUUUAAAUUCCUUAAACCCUUCCAGUUUACCUCCAUAUGAAUUACGAUUAAGAAAAAAUUGUAUCGUUAUGCUUAUUAGAAAUAUUAGUAUUUAUGAAGGUUUAUGUAAUGGUACACGUUUACGGAUAUUAGAUUUUUCACAUCAUUUGUUGAAAUGUCAAGUUUUAACAGGAGAUAAAUCUAAUGAUAUAAUAUUUUUAAAUCGCAUCUCAUUGUUUUGUACUAACGAGUAUCCAUUUUCUUUUAAAAGACGUCAAUUUCCUGUUAAAUUAGCAUUUGCAAUGACGAUUAAUAAAGCUCAAGGGCAAACAUUUGAUAAUAUUGCAAUUGAUUUACGUAGAGACGUUAUCAAUCAUGGACAAUUGUAUGUAGCAAUGUCUAGGGUACGAUCAUGGGAUACCAUUAAAAUUUUUCUUGGAAGCCAUCGACAAAAUAGUUUCAAGGUUAAAAAUUAUGUUUACAAAGAGCUUUACUCAUAA